ACUAUUCCUCGGCCUUCCUGGCCAUAAACCGUUUUGUCGCACUCUGCUUUCCCAUUCAUUUCCGCUCCUAUUGGACUAAGCAAAGCCUAAACAUAAUUUUCAUCCUUAUUACUUGGCUCGUCACUGCCGCGAAUUUUGUUCCGCUCAUAAUCGGUCGGGAAUUGAGAUUUGAAAUGAUCCCACCGACGAAUGUUUGUGGUAUUAAGCCCCGAACUCCGGAAGCCCGCAAGAUCCACCAGACGCUGGUCUCACAUCUACCAUUAGCGUUGGUGUGGAGUAUUUAUGCGCUAAUGCUUGGAUUCGUUGCUGUGCAAAAGCUUUCGGGCCGAAUUAACCAGACAUCAGCGUCGUAUCGGCGCUCCUUGCAACUGGCGCUCGUCCUGUUGGUGUCGGCACUCUGGCAUUGCGUCUGCUUUUAUCCGCAGCCUUUAUUGACGCUCUUCGAAGACAAGGGUUUAGCGCGUCUAACCCCGGACACGCUUCUGUGGUUGCGAUUCAUCUUUCUAUUAGGAUAUGGUGGCAAUCCGGUAAUCUUCUUCACUAUGAAUCAAGAAUAUCGCUCCAUGCUCAAACGAUGGAUGAGCUCUGUCCAGGAAAUGAAAUUUCGCGACUGCGGGAUGAAAGUGAACCCCAGCAUCAACGCGUCCACUACGGUCCGUACAAGCCGGAAACUUAAUUUUACAUUGUCUACCUCAUCCAAGAAUAUUUGACUAGUAGUUGGACACGUGCGGUUUUGAUUUGUUAUCAGAUGUCACUCAGUAAUGUGGUGGUACAAAAGCUUAGACACGUAUGACUGCUGAUGGGGUACUGUCGCACUGAGUAUGCUGUGUGCGGUAUUGAAUAAUGUUUCGCACUAAAAAUGGGAUAUUUAACAAUUCACAAGGCAAAAAAUGCGUGAUUUUUGAUCAUGCAUUUUUCCCACUGACUAUCACGAAU